ACUGCACAGGUGGCAACGAUAACUUUGACAUAUAUUUAGCGGGUAGAAUUGUUUGAUUUUUUUCUGAUUUUAGAAGAAACGCUGUGUUUGUAGAGUAAAAAAUAGAAACAACUGAUGCGAAAUGCGUCCAACAGAAGUAAAAUUAACUAAUCCACCAGAAGAUGUUAUAUCUUCAGUAAAAUUUGGACCAAAAACGAAUCAGUAUUUAAUAUCUGCAUCAUGGGAUGGAACCAUCAGAUUUUAUGAUGUAGUUAAUAAUGUCAUGAGACAAAAAUUCUCACAAGAUGUGCCAGUGCUUGACGCAACAUUUAUGGACGUUGUUCAUGUAGUGAGUGGGUCAUUGGAUAACAAAUUAAAGUUAUAUGAUGUUAAUACGCGUACUGAGACUUUAGUUGGAACACAUGAUGAAGCGGUACGUUUCGUUGAAUAUGCUGAAUCAGUCAAUGGUAUACUCACGGGCAGUUGGGAUAAAACAAUUAAAUUAUGGGAUAUGCGAGAAAAGCGUUGUGUCGGCACAUAUGAGCAAAGUAAUGGCAAGGUAUACUCAAUGUCGGUGAAAGAUGAAAAAAUUGUUGUUGCCACAUCGGAUCGUAAAGUACUUAUAUGGGAUUUACGUAAAAUGGAAGAGUAUAUGAUGAAACGUGAAUCGUCUUUAAAAUACCAAACCCGUUGCAUACGUUUGUUUCCUAAUAAAGAAGGUUAUGUCAUGUCAUCGAUAGAGGGACGUGUUGCAGUUGAAUUUCUUGAUCCAGAUCCAGAAGUACAAAAAAAGAAAUUUGCUUUUAAGUGUCAUCGAAAUAAGGAAGAUAGUAUUGAACAUAUUUAUCCUGUAAAUGCAAUUAGUUUUCAUAAUGUUUAUAAUACAUUCGCAACUGGCGGAUCUGACUGUUUGGUUAAUAUUUGGGAUGGUUUUAACAAAAAGCGUUUAUGUCAAUUUCAUCAGUAUGACUCUUCCAUUUCAUCACUUAAUUUCAGUCAUGAUGGUAGCACGCUUGCCAUAGCUUGCUCUUAUAUGGACGAAUUCGAAGAACCACCUGCAAAUGUCUCCAAUCCUGUCAUAUAUGUGCGAUACGUAACUGACCAAGAGACUAAACAAAAAUAAACAUUUUUAAUUCACUACAACAACUUUGUAUGCAAAAAUCAUAUAAAAAAUAAUAAUAAUAAAUAUAUAAAUAUAGAUUUAAAAGUGUAUCAAAACAAAAA